AUGUCUCUCAUUCCAGGAGAGGCCAGGGAUCUGAUCAGCCACCUGCAUGAUUCAUGGACGUUUGCAGGAGAGUUAGAGCAGGCUCUCUCUGCUGUCGCUACACAGAAGAAGAAGGCGGAUAGGUACACUGAGGAGUUAACAAAGGAGAGGAACGCCCUGAGUCUGGAACUGUACAGGAACACCAUAACUGAUGAGGAGCUGAAGGAGAAAAAUGCCAAACUACAAGAAAAACUUCAACUUGUAGAAUCUGAAAAGUCUGAGAUCCAGCUCAACGUAAAGGAGCUAAAAAGGAAACUGGAGAGGGCCAAGCUCCUGCUGCCACAGCAGCUGCAGGUGGAGGCUGACCACGUGGGUAAGGAGCUGCAGAGUGUGUCAGCAAAGCUCCAAGCCCAGGUGGAAGAGAACAAGUUGUGGAACCGCCUGAACCAGCAACAGGAGGAGAUGUGGAGGCAGGAGAAGAUACAGGAGCGGGAGGAGAAGAUGCAGGAGCGGGAGGAGAAGAUACAGGAGCGGGAGGAGAAGAUGCAGGAGCGGGAGGAGAAGAUGCAGGAGCGGGAGGAGAAGAUACAGGAGCGGGAGGAGAAGAUACAGGAGCGGGAGGAGAAGAUACAGGAGCGGGAGGAGAAGAUGCGGGAGCGGGAGGAGAAGAUACGGGAGCGGGAGGAGAAGAUACGGGAGCGGGAGGAGAAGAUACGGGAGCGGGAGGAGAAGAUACGGGAGCGGGAGGAGAAGAUGCAGGAGCGGGAGGAGAAGAUGCAGGAGCGGGAGGAGAAGAUGCAGGAGCAGGAGGAGAAGAUACGGGAGCGGGAGGAGAAGAUACGGGAGCGGGAGGAGAAGAUGCAGGAGCGGGAGAAGAUGCAGGAGCGGGAGGAGAAGAUGCAGGAGCGGGAGGAGAAGAUGCAGGAGCGGGAGGAGAAGAUACGGGAGCAGGAGGAGAAGAUACGGAGGAAGGAGGAGAUGAUGUGGGAGAAGGAGGAGAAGAUGCGGAGGCAGGAGGAGAUGAUUUGGGAGAAGGAGGAGAAGAUACGGGAGCUGGAAGAGAAGAUGCACGAGCAGGAGAAGAUACGGGAGCAAGAAGAGAAGAGGCAGGAGCAGGAGAACAUACGCGAGCAGGAGAAGAGGCAGGAGCAGGAGGCGAAGAUGCGGAGGCAGGAGGAGAAGAUGUGGGAGAAGCAGGAGAAGAUACGGGAGCUGGAGGAGAAGAUGCACGAGCAGAAGAAGAUACGGGAGCAAGAAGAGAAGAGACAGGAGCAGGAGGAGAUGUGGAGGCAGGAGGAGAAGAUAAGGGAGCAGGAGGAGAUAUGGAGGCAAAAGGAGAAGAUGCACGAGCAGGAGGAGAAGAUACGGAAGCAGGAGGAGAAGGUGUGGAGGAAGGAGGAGAAGAUAAGGGAGCAGGAGGAGAAGGUGUGGAGGCAGGAGGAGAAGAUACGGGAGGAGGAGGAGGAGAGGCAGGAGCAGGAGGAUAAGAUGUGGAAGCAGGAGGAGAAGAUGCAAGUACAGGAGGAGAAGAUGCAGAGGCAGGAGGAGAAGAUAAGGGAGCAGGAGGAGAAGAUACGAGAGCAGGAGGAGAUGAUGGAGGAACAGGAAGAGAAGAUGGGGGAGCAGGAGGAGAAGAUGUAUAAGCAGGAAGAGAAGAUGCAGGAACAGGAGGAGAAGAUGCGGGAGCAGGAAGUGAGGCUGCGGCAGCAGGAGGAGAAGAUGCAGGAACAGGAGGUGAGGCUGCAGGAGCUGGAGGAGAGGCUGGGGAAGCUGAGGCAGAAGGCCGAGCUCUUGAGGGGGAGCAGGCAGAGGUGCGUGCAAACCCUGGAGAUCAUACAGAACAAACUCACCACAACUUAG